AUGCAUGGUGGGGCCUUUUUCAUAGAAACUUCCGGUAGCGCCACUUUAAACUUCCGGCAGGCCUGUGCCGUCGAAUCCCUCGCUCACCACAAUCCCAAUCUAACCGUCAACGUCCUAUUCAUGGGUGGGCGAAUCAACACUAGCCUGGUCACGCUGAAAAAGCUGAAAGAGAAAUACGACAACAUUCACCUAAUCAGUUUCGAUCUGGACGAUUACAUGGCCGGAACUCCGCUCGAGUAUUGGUACCACUGCAACGGCUGGAGGGACGGGCCUUUUCACGUGUCUCAUCUCAGCGACGGACUGCGAUUUCUGACGCUGCACAAGUACGGCGGAUAUUAUUUCGACCUGGACGUGAUAUCCGUCCGCCCAGUCACCGACUUGCGCAAUUUUGUAGCCGCCGAAUCGGACGAUUAUCUGGGCAGCGGAGUCCUCCAUGCGGAAUUCAAGAAUCCCGUCAUGGAAUUGGCCGUCAAAGAUUUUGCCGCCAAUUACCGGCAAGUUGAACCCAUUGACAUUAUUUUCCCUCCAAAAUAUUUGAAUUUGAAUUUUUCGUCCAGGUCAGACGUUUGGGGCCAUAAUGGUCCCGCUUUGCUGUUGCGGGUCCUGAAAAGUUGGUGCAAAGCGCAGGAUCUCCUGGAGAUGGACUAUGUCAGUUGUCACGGGUUCAACGUUCUUCACUACUCGUCGUUUUGUCCCGUCGACUAUUCGGUGGCGACGAAAGAAUUUUUCAUCCAUCGAUCGGCCAACCAAAGUCGACCCUUUUGGCUCACCGACCAGGUGGUCGGCGUUCAUACCUGGAACAAGUUGACGUUCAACAAACCCAUUUACAAGAAUUCGACCCAACGUUACACUUGGCUGGCCCGAAACCAUUGCCCGUCCAUUUUCGCUAUUGCACCCGAAAUCUUUUAA